AUGGCCGGGGAGCCCCUGCAAAUUGCAGCGGUGGUCGGCCAGCAUGUUCAACUCUCGACGAGUACGGCGACUGCGCAACCGACCGGCGGCUCAGCGCAGCUGGCCCUGCAGUCCGCAGCGGUGGUCGGCCAGCAGGGAGGGCAGACCGCUGCGGGCCAGCAUCCUCACCCCUCGACAAGCACAGCGCAUGCUCAAGACGCGCGACCGGGUGCCGUCACGGCGCGGCCGGCCGACAACCUCGUGCCGUCCGCAUCGGUGGUCGGCCAGCAGGGAGGGCAGGCAGCUGCAGGCCAGCAUCCUCACCCCUCGACGAGCACGGCGCCUGCUCAAGACGCGCGACCGGGUGCCGUCACGGCGCGGCCAGCCAACGAACUCGUGCGGUUCGCAUGGGUGGUCGGCCAGCAGGCAGGGCAGCCAACUGCAGGCCAGCAUCCUCAUCCCUCGACGAGCACGGCGCCUGCUCAAGAUGUGCGACCGGGUGGCGUCACGGCGCGGCUGGCCGACGACCUCCUGCGCAACGCAACGGUGGUCGGCCAGCAUGGAGGGCAGCCCGGGUCGGGCCAGCGUCUCCACACCGCAACGAGUCCGGCGAGUAGCGCGCGCCCAGGUGGCGUCACGACGCAGCUGGACGACGACCUCUUGCGGUCCGCGACGGUGGUCGGCCAGCAGGGAGGGCAGCCCGGGUCGGACCAGCGUCCCCACACCUCGACGAGUCCGGCAGGUAGCGCGCGCCCAGGUGGCGUCACGGCGUAG